UGUUCCCUCGUUAGAGCUGUGAUUAGAAAACAAUAUGUCUGGUACAACGUUAGCCGCCGUGUUCCUCCUUAUCACCGUGUCCAAUGCGUUUGUUGUGGAUAUGUUCCGGGAUCUGGUAUCGUCCUGCAGUGACGCCAAGAACCCGACUAAUCCAGUACAAGACGUGUCCCAGACUUGUUUAGAGCACGCGGCGUCCGGUUCCUGUAAUUUUUACGACUGUUUUGAGCAGAGAUUCCCAUGUGGGAACUGUGGAUUCAGCAAACAUUACGGCACAUAUGACUGCGAGAAGUUUUACCAACCGGUCUACUACAACCAGUUUAACGACCUGGGAAAACGUUGGAUAAAGGCAACAGGGGACUGCCUUAUAAACACACUGAAGCAAUUCUACACACAAGACACGGUUCGCUGUCGAAUGGUCAAGACCACCAUGAUGGACCACGUGUCUACGUGUUACCUACAUAACGCCGCCAAUAUCAGCUUCUGUGACGUCUUCUGGGACAACAGAGAUGCCUUGAUGGGAGUUUACGAAGCCAGCAGCUUCCUACAGCCCACAGAGAUUCAUAGGGUACUAUUCGAGGUCUUACAGAUAGGGACCAGUUGUACCGGAAGUCGGGCAUCGGAGUUCCGGACGCUAAUGUCGGAGAGAUUGACACCCGUCGUCUCUCAGGCCGGAAGUCGGUUACAGGAAGUUGGGAGACAGAUAGGAAGUGGAUUAGAAGAGGCAGGGAGACAAGUAGGAAAUUGGUUUAGUAACAUCUUCACCAAGUAGAAAUCCAGUGUGAACCAUCUCAGGAAAUCCAAAAACUUUGCAUAAUGUUCAACUUCUUGAGCAUUGUCUAGCUAUUAAUAAAUCCUUCUCCGGUGACUAUUCCAAGAGGGUUGUAAAUAUCGUGAUAUUUGUCGAAUUUGUAACAGUUUUGACAUGUCUCGUAAAUAAAAUUAAAAAGAAUUUCA